AUGAGUGAUAUUAAAGAAAUAGAAGUGGAAAAGAAAUUCAUCGAAGAGUAUUUUAAAUAAAUCAGUACUUCUGACAUUGAUACUAUAAAAAGGUAUCUCUUGUAUGUAAAACAACGCAAGAGAGGAAAUGAAAAUGAGAAGGUUCCCAUAAGAACAUUUAUAAAUGUGAUUUCAGAGGGAAAAGGCAAGAAGGCCAUUCAUUUCGGUGCAUCUAGAGGAGACUUGGAUGUGUUCAAGUUUUUAGUCAAGAAAGGAGCAGAUGUUAAUUUGUUGGAUGAUGAAAAGAAUAAUCCAUUCUUGAUUGCUGUUCAACACAAUCAUUUAUCAAUUGUGCAAUACUUGAUUGAUGUACACCAUGUGGAUGUGAAUUACUCUAGAAAUACAAUCACAGCUCUUCAUUUGGCUGCUUAAUAAGGUGCAAUUCCAAUGAUUGAAUUAUUGCUCUCAGCAGGAGCCAAUAUCAAUGCAUUGUCCAAUUAUGGUACACCAGUUUCAUUUGCAGUGGCAUACUAGUAAAAUUGGAGUGCUCUCCAUUUGAUAAAGAAAGGAGCAGACUUAAAUAUCGUUUAAAAUGAAAUGCCUUCCUUAUUACAUUUACUUAUUGACUAAAACAAUCAAGAGUUGUUUAACACAAUAUUUGAAGAAUUCUCAGACAAGAUCAACGUGAAUAUCAAAGACCACGAUGGAUGGUCAGCUUUGCACUUAUGUGCAGAAAAAGGAUUAUUAAAAUUUUCAUAAACACUGAUUAAACAUGGUGCGGAUAUCAAUUACGAAAAUAAAAAGUAAACUUCUUUGGACUUAGCAGUAUAAAAUGAGAAUUGGGAUUGUGUCGAAUAUUAUAGAGAAUUUGCUUUGAGAAAGGAACCCUAGAUUCCAGCUUCUUUGGUUUAGCUGACAGAUGAUUAAGUUAAGGUUCUAUAUAAUGAGAUUAAUGUAGAAAAGGGGGAGGCCAAUAAAUUGUUAUAAGCAGAAAAAUAUGAAUAGGCAGUUAUUAAGUAUAGUGAAAUAAUUGAGAAAUCCAAAUAGAUCGUUGAUCAUUAUAGAGAUGAAAUUGUGAAGAUUUACACUAAUUUAGCUAAUGCUUAAUUGAAAUUAUCGAAAUAUAAGGACACAUUAGCAACAUGUAAGCAGGCUAGAAAUAUCUACUACUUUGAAGGGUAAGCUUAUGAAGGAUUGAAUGAGUUUGGAGAGGCAGCUGCAUCCUACUUUGAAGCAUUAAAGAUUUAAUAAGAACCAGGAAUGAAAGCAUUAUUUGAUUAAGCUAUCAAGAGAGGUAAGGAAUUGUAUAAAUAAAAAUGA